AUGGAGGGGGCUCUGAGCUUUCUUGUUUGGUCCAUUAUAAUUUUGUCAUCAGCCUUUCUCCUCCUCUUUCGCCGGAAAAAAUCCGCCGACAAUUGGCCACCACCAGGGCCGCCCGGGUGGCCAUUAUUCGGUCACAUGUUCGAUCUUGGUAUCAUGCCCCAUAAGACCUUAUAUGGUCUUAGAGAGAAAUAUGGCCCUGUUAUUUGGCUCAAGCUUGGUUCCAGAAACACUAUGGUGCUGCUUACUGCCAAGGCUGCCACCGAGUUUUUCAAGAACCAUGACCUCUCCUUUGUGGAUCGCUCGGCCGCCACCGUGUUUUUCAAGAACCAUGACCUCUCCUUUGUGGAUCGCGCGGUCACCGAGACCAUGAGAUCCCAUGGAUUCAACCAGGGUUCCGUGGCCCUCGCCCCUUAUGGCACGUACUGGAGAGUGUUAAAGCGUAUAAUGACCGUUGAAAUAAUAGUGAACAAAAGGAUCAAUGAGACAAUUUCCAUUCGGCGAAAAUGUGUCGAUGACAUGUUGUCAUGGAUUGAAAAGGAGGCCAAUGUAGCAGCUAAGAACAAUAGUGGAAUUCAUGAGGCCAAUGUAGCAGCUAAGAACAAUAGUGGGAUUCAAGUGGCCCGAUUUAUAUUUUUUGCUUUAUUCAACAUGCUUGGAAACCUGGCAGUUUCGCGGGACUUGGUGGAUCCAGAAUCAAAACAAGGGUCGGAGUUCUUCAAUGCUAUGAUCGGACUAAUGGAGUGGACGGGCCAUCCAAACGUGGUAGACGUGUUUCCAUGGCUGAGAUGGCUCGAUCCACAGGGUUUGAGGAGGCAGAUGGACCGCGACCUUGGGAACGUCUUGAGAAUCGCUUCUGGGAUUGUGAAGGAGCGGAUGGAAGAGCUGCGAGGUAGUAGAGAAAAGAAGGACUUCUUGGAUGUGUUGCUAGAAUACGAAGGUAAUGGAAAGGAUGAGCCAAAGAAAAUAUCAGAACAUGACCUCAGCAUAAUCAUACUGGUAAUAACUAGUUACAUUCUUGCAUGA